CGCCAUGCCGCUCGGCCCCGGCCGCCUGGCGCGGGUGUCCCGCUGCCUCAGCUUCAGCGCCUGCCACCGCCUGCACAGCCCCUCACUGAGUGAUGAAGAAAACCUGAAGCUCUUUGGGAAAUGCAACAACCCUAAUGGGCAUGGGCACAACUAUAAAGUUGUCGUGACUGUACGUGGGGAGAUUGACCCUGUCUCAGGAAUGGUUAUAAACCUGACAGACCUGAAAGAGCACAUGCAGGAGGCCAUCAUGAAGCCACUUGACCACAAGAACCUGGAUAAGGAUGUGGAGUAUUUCUCUGAUGUUGUGAGUACGACAGAGAAUGUCGCUGUCUUCAUCUGGGAAAACCUCCAGAAGCGCCUGCCCCUGCGGACUCUUUACAAAGUCAAGGUGUAUGAAACGGACCAGAACAUCGUCGUGUACAAGGGAGAAGAAACAACUUAUGAGUGAUGAAGCUGCAGCCUUGGCAUAGUCGAUCAUAAGCUUCUCGUGAAUAAUCAGAUCAGCAUAUCAGUGGAUUAUCUAGGUCCCCCCAUGCUGUGUCUGUGGCUUGUAGACAUUGAUUUUGUAGUGUUUAUUAAUAAGGACACUUAGA